UGUGGUGUGUUCUACAACACACAAGUUUAGCGCGAGUCUUCUUCUAAUAGUGCUGGAUCGGCUCAUAUGGUGAUGUGUAUUUGCUUUUCUCGGAUGAAAAUGAGUGCUUCUCUUCUCCUGAAGUUAGUCGCCGAAGCAGCAGCGGCAGGGCUCUUUAUACUAGAUGCUUUGGACGCGCGGCGAAGCAUUCCGUGUUAGAACGCCGACUACGGUGAACGUGUGUGUUUUUGUCAGAAGUCGCGGCCUGUUGCAAGUCUGGAAGUGUGUUACUAGGUAUAGUGUUACUAUAGUGUACUCUGGCUAGGUCAUAGCAAGCUGCGGCGCGGUGGCCCUCAGAACGACGCGGUGUGCUUAGCGUGUUGGUUUGGGGCGCGCAGCAUCCAGAGAGCCGAGUAGGCCGUGCUGGACUAGUCGAGGUGUUCUAGUCGAUGACUACUGCGACGGCGACGACGACGGUUAGCAGCUAGUAGUGCUGGCCUCGGUGGUCGUCGUCGCGGCGAUAGAAUUAGUGUGUUUGGUUAGUGAAUCGACGACGCCAGUGUGACGGCUGAUUGAAAACACAUUCAAUUCAAGCACUCUGCUGCUGCUGAUGUUCUGCUGCGGUGAAGAAGAGUCUCGACUCAGUGAAGCGCGCAACCAACUCAACACAACUCGGUGGUGGUGAUCAUCGGGAACGUCGAAAAAGGGCGUGACUAUCACGCGCGCACACAUGUGACGCGCGCGGUUUUUUGGCCAUUUGGGCACGGUUCAUCAGCCGAAGAGAGUGCAUUCAUCGAAUUCGUUUUAGCCGAAGAACGAAGAAGUGUGGUGGUGCUGUGUUGGUGCGCUCAAGAAGAAAAGUGAAAGAAGUAGCACAAUUAUUCCACAAUUCUCGAAGAAAGGACAAACACACUUGCACACACAACCUACUGGUGUUAUCCCUCACCAGCCCUGCACCGUCUUCUGGCACAACAUCUGGCCUGUCUUCUCGUCGUACUCGUCUUCAUUCUUCGUAGGUCCACCCGAAACCCGAAAGCGCAAUCGAACCCUUCUAGUUAGUUACUUUGCUUAGUGUUUUCCGUGUGAGAGAAGAAGAAACUUAAAACACACAACACAGAAUUCCGUCAACCGCCCCAACAGCAGCGCGAACCCAGGCCAGCGAAGAAGAACAAAUGCUUCUGGAAUGAAUUGUCAUUGACGUCCCUAGCCGGAAGCUCUGCGGCGCACGGCCCUGCCGCUCGGCCAACCCUGAAGCAUGGACGCCCCGUCGAUGGUCCAGCGCGACGGGGACAAACUGAUCGUGCGACGUGUCGUCAGCGGUGAAGAAGUGUUUCUCAGCAGCAACAACAACAACAGCGCAUCCUCCGGCAAGGAUCAUCAUCAUCAGCAGCAGCAAUCCCAGUCGAGGCCAUCGAGCCGGGCUUCGUACGCGGACAGUUUCAAGCUUCUUUCGGGCGAGGAAGACCUCAGCAAGUUUGGGCUGAUUCUCGAGGACAGUUCGGGGAAGAGUGAUUCCGGCGGCGGGGUUCGUAACAACAAUAACAGCAUCAACAACAAUAGUACAAGUGAGUGCGCCGAGCAACAGCUGCCCCAGUGCAAGAUCAAGCGGAAUUACUCGUGCAGCAACUGCACGUACUUUACGCAGAAUCCACGCAAAUAUCUGACCCACUUGCGGGAUGUGCACGGCGAGAAGAUCAUCAUCAACGAGUGCAAACGGUGCCUGUACGCGUCCCGGCACUACCAGAAGCUGGUGCGCCACAUGAAGAUGGUCCACGGCUCGACGGACGGCAUCAAGACUCCGUUUAGCUCGCGACGGCGCGGAACCUUCCGGAAGGAGUUUUUCAAGAAGAACAAGUUCAAAAUGAACAACAACAACCCGGUGACGCCCGGUGGCGGAAGUGGGGGUGGGGUUGGUGGGAGCGGAAGUGGACCAAGUGAAUCUCAGUACAGUCUGAGCAGCAGUGCAAACUACAUUAACCAGCUGAUGAAGAGCAAUCUGAGUAAAAUGUUCAGUGGGGUGAAUGGGGGCAGUGGCGGCGGCAGUGGGGGAGGAGUUGGCGGGGGUGACAGUUCUACGGAGAAUUCACUCUUUUUCCCAGGCAACUUUAAACCCGGCGGCGGGCUAACACUGGCCGAGCAAGCGCAGCAGUUAUCGUCGCAGCUGAAGGGCUCAUCAAACAUAAAUAUCUUUACUGAUAACGGCGGCACCUCGUCGACUUCGUCGCACCAGCUCGGCGAUUCGGUUAACAACGACGUGCUGGCCAUGUUGCAGCACAAUCUGGUGGACAAGGGCAAGCAGUUGACGAUCACCCCGGCGGGGAGCAGCGGCAGCGAGAUGGCGUCGUCCAAGGCGAAGAAGCGUCCGCGGCCCAUUCCGGAUCUGAUUCCGUUGCACAGUAUUAGCCAGCUUCAUCUGACGGGGGAGGCGGGCAAGACGUACCACCUGAACCCGGAGGUGACGAUCAAGACGAGGGUGGCGAGUGGCGAGAAUAACAGCAGCUCGGCUGAUCGCGUUGUUAUAGUGGACGACGACGAUAGUCCGAUUAACUUGACGGCCGAUCAUCAUCAGCAAGAUGAUAAGAGUGGCGGCGGCCUGCAGCAUCAGUGUAUUUUCUGCCAGAUCAUGGUGAGAACAACGGACGACCUGGCACUGCAUCUGCGGACGUUCCACAGUGAUGAGUUGUUUGCGCUGUUACUGCAAAAGAAGCCUGAGGAAAGCGGGCAGGUCGAGCCGCCGCAGCAGCAGCAGCAACAGCAGCAGGUGCAGCAACCUCCGCAGUUGUUUUCCGCUGAAACGCUGACGAUCGACAUCUGGAAGAGGCUACUGGAGAACAACAAAGCGAUCCUGGAGGAGCAGGAAGCUCGGGAGCACGACAGCGAAAUGCAGUCCGGACAGUUUUCCAACGAUGAAGACGAUUCGGAAACGGUCGAGUCGGCCAUUAGUAAGAACGACACAUAUUGCGGAGUGGAGACAGCUCCUGGGUACGGAGAAGUGACGAGUAAGAUCAACCUGGACGGAACACCAGCCCCAUCAACGGCGAUUAUGAAGAAGGUCUUUAAGUGUCCGCAUUGCUCGUUCUGGGCGUCAACGGCGUCCCGCUUCCACGUACAUAUCGUGGGUCAUCUGAACAAGAAACCCUUUGAAUGUUCGCUCUGUGCGUACCGGUCCAACUGGCGAUGGGACAUAACGAAGCACAUCCGCCUGAAGACGAUCCGCGAUCCAAGCCACAAGAACGCCGGCGUUCUGAUGAACGACGAAACGGGUAGGCGGAACUACACCAAGUACAACCGGUACAUAACGCUGAUGAAGGUCACCGACAACAGCUUCAAGGACGCUUCGUCCAGCUCGAAAGCCAUGAUGCUGGAAGCGAACCAGGCCGACUACCUGGCGAUGUGCAAAUCCGGUGAUCAAUCUUCGGGCGGAUCGUCCUCUUCGCUAGCCGGCCCGAACGCGUUCAACUCGCUGGCCAAGAUGUACUCCAGCGAGGAGCUCGCCCAGGCGUUCAAUCUGGCCAACAUGAACCAGAUGGCGCGGUACGAGCCAGAAAUGCUGCAAUCGUUGAUGGCCGGCGGCUUACCCAAGACGCUACCCCCAACCGACGAUGAAGUUCCGUCCGCACCGAAGGUGGCCUUCAAGUGUAAAAAGUGCAAUUUCAAGAACCCCUUCCGCGAGAUGGUCCUGCUGCACAUCAAGUCGACCCACCUGAGCGGUUCUUCGGACAAGUCCAGCGCCGACGCCGAGAUCGACCUGUGCGAAGACCAACACCAGCAGCACGAUCAACCUUCGGCGGAGCCCUCGGCCGAAAGUCCCGCGCCAACAAACAACAGUACGCACAACCAUCACCCCACACUAUCCCCGCUCAGAACCGCAACAACCACAUCCAGAACAUCAACGUCCUCACCGGGUUUGGUGGUGCCGGUUACGUCGAGUCCCCGACGCGGGGUCGUCGUCGGUGGUUUGGCGGCCCCGACAGUGGAUAAUAGUGGGUCCUCCUCUUCCGGUGGUGCUGGUUCUGCGACGGCGGUGGCCAAUUCACCGCCGAGUGGCGGGGGCGGCGGCGGAACCGUCGUUGGCUUCCCCAGUAACAAUUAUACCACUACUAACGCUACUACAUUAAUUGGUGUCGGAUUAAACCUUACUCAGGCUGUUGUAGCUAAUGACAAUCGGUUGGGAACAACUUCAACCUUCACCUCCUUCAGUAACAGUAACAGUACUAUCCCCACUACUACUACUACUCCUAGUGUCGUGUCGUGUGGUGGUGAGGUGGACAAUAGUAGAACAAUCGGAGUGAGCACUCCUUCUACCCAAACCAAUUCGACGGGCAUUAAGGGAACUUCUUCGCCACCAACGGCGUCGAACGCGUCGUCGUCGUCGUCGUCGUGGCGGCCGAGUGCCCCGUACCGGUGCGGUCAUUGUCAUCAGGUGUCCAAUUGGAAGCAUGUUAUUCAGAGACACUGCCGUUUAAAGCAUAACGGCAACGUGCUGAUCGAGAUGGUCAACACUUCCGCAAAACAGCAGCAACAACAAAAUCAACCACUUACAACAACAACAACAACUUCUUCUUCAAACCAACAACAACAACAACAGCCGGCAACGGGCGGCGUGUCGCAAAACGUAACUGAUUUACGCAAUUUGAAGAAAGUGCGAAAGCCAUUUCAAUCAUUCGACUCAGUUUCACAGGAUAUCACCGUACAGCCGGUCACGCUGCACCCGAUAGAGCUGGUGCCCGAGGUCAGCCUGGUGGUCCAGGAGAUGCCGAUGGUGCUGAUUCCGAUUGGUGACGGUGGUGGUCCCCCUCCCCUGACGCUCCUGUCCCCACUGACGACGACGACGACGCUUCCGACGACCUCAACCUCAACAACUCCCAUGACAUUCAUUAACCUGACGGAGGAAUCCUCGCUGGAACUCCCGCCGCUGGUUAGGACGACCGUGACUCUACCGACGCCGAUGCAAACCGAUACCAGUGACGGAGUGACCGAGCCGGAACCGGAACCGGAAGUGGUUCCGGUUGCGAGCAGCUCGCGCUCCAAGCGAUACCAGUGUCCGGCGUGUCCGUACGUGACGGACAGCAAGACCCAGUUUGCGUACCACAAGUCGUUCCACAGACCACGUGGCGAUCCGUACCAGUGUAGCGAAUGCUCGUACAACGUCACCAAGAAGCACCUGUUGAUUCAGCACCAGAAAACGCACUCGCACAGCACUGCUUCACCAGUUAGUGAAGCUCCGGCCAAACAACCUUUGGGCGAACUGUCCCUAGUGAUGGGCAACGCAACCAAGUCCAGUGGUCUGACUCCGGCGGAGAUCCUCGAUCUGACGAAGAAUAUGGGCCAUGAAGUCAGCAUAACACCGGCGAUCAACAACUCCAGCAGCAGCAGCAACUCCACCGGCAAGGGUCAACUCGUCCCCAAGAUCGUGUACUACUGCAAGAACUGUCCAGCGCGAUACCUGGACGAGAGCGAGAUCGUGAUCCACCAGAACAAGCACCACCAGCAGGACAAGUACAAGUGCGACCUGUGCUCGUUCUCUACCUGUGACGAGUCCGGAAUAGCGAACCACCGGAACGUCCACGGACUCAACUACCGCAUCGUAACGGCAGAACUUCGCCGGCACAACGUCGAAAGCGAACGACAUCCGCGGCCCAAGAUCAUCUCGAUUCGCGUCGGGGACGACCUCCGGGAUAAGGCUUGGGUCGUCAAAAGGGACUACGAAGCGAUGCAACCGCCGGAACCGGAAGAACCUAUCCUGGUGGAAGAUCCCAUCGUAAUAGAAGAUAAUGCUGCAGUUGAAGACCCUGUCGUUGUGGUGGAAGAUCCCGUCUUAGAGGUAGUAGAUUCCGUCCCAAUUGAAGACCCUGUAACCUUGGAAGACCCCGUCCCAGUGGUAGAAGAUCCCGUCACAAUUGAAGACCCCGUCAUUGUGGAAGAUCCCGUCCCAGAGGUAGAACCAAUGCAGGUGGAGGAACCUACUCCAGCUCCACCUACACCACCACAGCCUCCACCAACGCCGCCUCCACCACCACAAAAACAAAAGAAAACCGAUCCUCCCCGCAUCCGUCGAUCAGCGCGGGUCAAACAACCCGCUCCGCAACCAACCAAACGUACGCUCAUCAAGAAAUCGUCUUCGAAGCAACUCUACAGCUGCGAUCACUGCGACCACACGGACAAGGACGAGGCGGCGCUGAAGGACCACGUCAAGUUUCACUUCCGGGACAUUCUGUUUCCGCGGAGGGUCGACGGGGUCGAGGCGCGGCGCGGACCGUUCCGGCAAAAAAUCACCAUGGUCGACGAUCCGGAGCAGUCGUUCGAGCUGCGGUUCGAGAGUGAGGAGGAGGAGGAGGAUCAUGAGGAGUGUCCGGAGGAGGAAAGGAUCUUCAUUGAGAUCUAGGGACAGUUUUCUGAGGGUUUGGGGUGGUUCGUGGUGGAAUUGAAUCUUGCAACUUGUUGACAAUCUCGACAGGAUGCUUGAAAUUCCCGUUACAGUCUUGUAAUCCGAUCAUAACAUUUACCUUUUUUGACUGAACGUCACGACCAUUCCUGUCAGACAAGUUUGAACAUCCAUCAAACUCAAUCCAAAUCAAAGAAUCCUCUCUACGGUAAACUUUCCGCAGUAUGCUUGGCCGCAUUGAUGUUUGUGGUUUUUUGAGUUGUUGUUGUUUAUUCCAAGUAUCGUGUCCAAACUCCAAACCAAAUUCUUGAAAAGCCUAAUCACAGUGUAAUGUUGUUUUGGUACACGGAUAUCCCGAUUUUAAAACCCCUCAAAAUUUAUUAAAACUUUUUUUUUAUGUUUCUAAUUUUUUUUUCUUUUUCGAUUUCGCUACAUUUUUGUUAAGAUAAUUUUAACAAAAAAAAAAUAUUUUUUGAGCAGUGAUUUUUUUUUGCUUUCCCUGCUGUUUUACGAUUUACGAUUAAAACCAUUUCUGAUCACUUUUUUUUUCAUUUUAAUGCAAAAAAAAAUUGACUGGACAACUUUUUUUCAAUGGAUCAACUAUGGUCCCCUUGGAACGAGCUGUCAAAUAGGACCGUUUCUGUCAAGAAGGACCGCGACGUUAAUUUUUGAAAAUUGAAUUGAAAAUCAAUUUUAAAUCCUUUCCGGACGUACAAAGAGUCAUUGUACACAGGAAAAUUCGCUUUAUCGUUGUGAACAGUAAUAUCACAAAUUUAAGCUUAACUUUAGCACCCAAAAUGUUUUUACUAUAUUUCAUUUCACUUUUCUCUUAAAACGUAUGUCCGGUAUCUGUUAAAAAAAAGCUUAAAUGGUUUAAAAUCCUUGAGUUUUAAAAAAUACAACAAGUUUUCAAGUUGCAAGACAAUCUCCUACCACACCAGCCCGAAUCAGUUAAUAGACGUACUAUAUUUUUGAUAUUAGCUAGCUAGUUUACAACGAUAUAACCCUCCACAAAAAAAAACACAUGAAUAACAAACAAACAAACAAACAAACAAAUACAGCAAAAUUGACCAGUGCGCACACAUACACAAACAAACACUAUAGACACCUGAAUUUGUUGUAUAAUCAAACACACAAAUCGUAGUAUAAGAAGCAUCCUGAGCGAAAACAAAAAAAAAAUAAAGCCCAGGAGUGAAGGUUCUUCGUAGUUUGCCAUUAAACCAAAAUUGGAACAAAUGAGAAAAUCUCAAACAAGUACAAAUUGAGUUAUGAUUUUACGUUGAAACCCCCCCUGUAUUAGUAACGAAAUUUUAGCGAAACAAAAGCUUCAUUUAUAUUUCAACACAUUUAGUAUAAUCGCUGCAAUCAUAAUAAGCACGCGGACUUUAGUUCAAGGGACACAACAGCAAAUAACGGUUAUUUACUUUCAGCAGAUUUUUAAAAGCAAUUUUGCAUACUACACACAAUUACACACACACUUUAGGCUAAGUUGAAUACAAAUCACUAACUAAAAAACACAAUAGAAAAAGAUGGGCUUCGUAGGGGGCGAAUGUUUUUACCAUACUUAGUGUGUAAGCUAAACUAAUUUAAACUUUAUGCUAGCACGAAAACAAAAAUCGUGUCAAGUCCUUUUGUUACUUUUUUUAGCCUUUAGUACACACGCAAAACCACAACCACCAACCAACCAACCAACCCAGAGCAAACGGAAAGCGCUUUCGCGAUCGCAUUUGAUGCGCAUAGAUUGCAUUAAUUUGUUUUAUUAGUAUUAUACUGUAACGAGUUUAUUGUUUUACCCUUUAAUUUUGUUUUUGCUUCUAGCGAUUAGUCAAUCUUUCGCGAGUUAUUUCGACGUAUAACAAUCACAACGGUUGCAGAAAAAAAGAAAAAAAAUCAAAUUGGAACCAGUAAAUUACGACAAUUCCAUUUUACCAGUAAAAUGUACACACCAUUAGAGCGUAGAGCAAAAAACUACUAGUACUAGGACCACGCCACAAAAUCGGAACCAAAGUGUAAUCAAUCAAAAUUAUUUAACUAUUUAAGAAAGCUAGAUAAAUGGUAGAAGUGUUAAGGUAGGCUAGACCUAUCAAACCAGUGUGGAUUGAACCAAGCGAGUGAGCAACUGCAAUUUGGCGCUGUUUUGGAUCACUUUUGUAAAUACGAUGGUAGAGUUAGAUGUACAAUUUGUUGUUGAAUUUGAUUUUAUAGGAAUAUGGCGUUGAAUAAAGUAUAUGGUUAUU